AUCUUAAUUAAGUGGGCUCGGAGCUUAAAAAAGGGGGGCCAUAUUGUGGUGGUUGUCUAGGAACAAACCCAUUUGGGACAAACACAAACAUGCCCUUAAUUAAAAGACCUACGAUCAUGAUUGUGUAGUUACUUGUGUAGCCAAAUGGUUGUAAGAAAAUACAAAAUUAGACGUCAAUUUCUAAUAUCUCUUUCACAGAUAAUUAAUUCAUUUUCAAUAAUCCAGUGGUUACAGGUAAUCAAUCCCACAUGCUUUGCUUACCUUUUUAAUCUCAUGCUGUCUUCAUUAUUAUUAUUAUUAUUUUUUUUUGAUUCAAUAAUACAUUAUUUUUUGCUUUUCUGAGGAACAUAAUAACCUCUUAAUUAAGUUCUAAUCUUGUUUAGGGAUCACAACCCAUUACAAAAUGGGAUUUGGAAACUAGAAAUUGCAAUUGACAAGCUUUAUUGGGUAUUUUUGUAAUUAGGACAAACUUUAAGGAUAGUUUACGUAACUCACCAAUUAUAAUUAACAAAUUAUCUGGUCGGGUGGUUGUUUUUCCUCCAUAAAUAAAUUGAUUAAAUAUUUAAAUUUCAAUGAUAUAGUUUCAAUACCAUUAUAUAUAUAUAUGUACCAAAAUCAGAAGCCAACACCACCACCAACCAAUUAAUAUGGCAAGCGACAGAGGGAGCAAACCAAAGAGAGAAGGCGUCUACGUCUACAACAUAGUCGGCGGUGGCGGCGUUCCACCGCCAGCAUCCGCCACCAAAAAUGUGGUAUCGAAGGGGUGGGGAUCGCUAAUUAGGUCGAAAACUUACAGAGAAACGAGAAGCGAUAGUAAUAAUAAUAAUGAGAAAUUGGCUGCGGUGGCUGAGAGCGGAGGAGAAGUGGUGGCUGAACGAAGAAAAUCGGUGUCGACGGCGGCGGUGGUGGGGAGGAGAUCAGUAACGGGGGCGGAAGCUGCGAAUGUGGGAUCGGUGGCUGCGUUUCUGCAAGUGAAGGUUUUAGUGAGUGACAUGGCGGGGUACAUGCAGGUGCACGCCUUCCGGUGCGCCAGAGCUACAUACGAUGGCUUAGACAAGUUUAGCUCCAAACACAUGGCCUACAACAUCAAGAAGGAAUUUGACAAGGUGUACGGACCGGCCUGGCAUUGCAUAGUGGGCUCGAGUUUCGGGUCGUUUGUUACCCACUCGACCAGCUGCUUUCUCUAUUUCACAAUGGAAAAGCUGUACAUUUUGGUAUUCAAGACCAAAGUUCAACGAGCAAUAUCGGAUCAAAUCUAA